GGGGGGCGGCGGUCGGGGCCGCCGGGGGCGGGCCAGGGGGUCCCUGCCGAGCACCGUCGGCCACCGGCAACGGCCAAGGCGUCCCCCCCGGCAGCUCCCGGUGAGAGCGCGGCGGCCCCCGGCUGGCCCGUCGCUCCCGUGAUGGUGGUCGGCGGGCGGCCCGGGAAGGCCGGGGGGAUGGGCCGGCGGCGGUAGGACGAGCCGGCGGAGCCUCGCUGGGAGGAAGAAGGAGCUUCUGCCCUGGCCGCGGGAGCGGGGCCGUGCUCAGCCAUGGCCGAGGCCGUCAACACUAAGACGGCGUGGAAGCUGCAAGAGAUCACAGCUCACAGCAGCAAUGUGUCCUCUCUAGUCCUGGGGAAAAGUUCAGGCCGGCUGCUGGCAACUGGAGGAGGUGACUGUCGGGUCAACGUGUGGUCAGUUAACAAGCCCAACUGCAUCAUGAGCUUGACAGGCCAUACAACACCCAUUGAGAGCCUGCAGAUCAACACCAACGAGGAGCUCAUUGUUGCAGGGUCCCAGUCAGGGUCCAUUCGAGUUUGGGACCUGGAAGCUGCCAAAAUUCUUCGUACCUUACUCGGUCACAAAGCCAAUAUCUGCAGCCUGGAUUUCCAUCCUUUUGGAAGCUUUGUAGCUUCAGGCUCUUUGGACACAAAUAUUAAGCUCUGGGAUGUAAGAAGAAAAGGCUGUGUCUUCAGGUACAAGGGUCACACAGAAGCAGUUCGAUGUCUCCGCUUCAGUCCUGAUGGGAAGUGGUUAGCCUCUGCUGCUGAUGAUCACACUGUGAAGCUGUGGGAUCUGGCUGCUGGGAAGAUAAUGUUUGAGUUUACAGGACAUACUGGCCCAGUAAACAUUGUUGAAUUCCAUCCCAAUGAAUACCUUUUGGCUUCUGGCAGCUCUGACAGGACUGUUCGCUUCUGGGACUUGGAGAAGUUUCAAGUUGUGAGCUGUAUUGAAGAGGAGGCUACUCCUGUCAGGUGUGUGCUCUUCAACCCAGAUGGCUGCUGCUUGUAUGGUGGCUUCCAGGAUUCCCUGCGUGUGUACGGCUGGGAGCCAGAGCGCUGCUUCGAUGUGAUCUUGGUCAACUGGGGGAAAGUAGCUGACUUAUCUAUCUGCAACAACCAGCUGAUAGGAGUUUCCUUUGCUCAAAGCACAGUCUCUUCCUUCGUUGUGGAUCUCAGCAGAGUCACCAAGUCAGAUUCUGCUCCCCAUGGGCUGCUCAGGGAUGAUGAACCUCUUGUGCCACCUACCCCCACGGGCUCCUCCCUUCGCCGCAUCUACGACAGGCCCUCAACUACCUGCAGCAAGCCACAAAGCAGGGUGAAGCACAACUCAGAGAGCGAGAGGCGCAGUCCCAGCAGUGAAGACGAUCGGGAUGAGAAGGAAUCAAAGGCUGAGAUCCAGAACCAAGAGGAUUACAAAGAGAUCUUCCAGCCCAAGAAUGCAAUCUGUCGAACUCCUCCUCGGAACGAGCCCUUUCCAGCCCCUCCUGAGGAUGAGCCUGUGGCUGCAAAGGAAGCAGCGAAGCCCAGCCAAGCUGUGGAUGCCCAGACCUCGCUGCCAAAGCAAGAGCUUCCUGAUCCAGUCCCAAGGCCACCAAUUGCCUCCUCAACUCCUCUGACCAGGACAGAGCCAUCAGUGAUCCCAGCAGCCAGGAAUGAGCCCAUUGGCCUGAAGGCCUCUGACUUUCUACCAGCUGUUAAAAACCAAAGCCAGAGUGAGCUUGUGGAUGAGGAAGCCAUAUCCCAGAUCAGGAAGGGCCACGAGACCAUGUGUGUGGUGCUCAGCAGCCGCCACAAGAACCUGGACACGGUGCGGGCGGUUUGGAGCACCGGGGACAUCAAGAACUCAGUGGACUCUGCUGUGGCAAUCAAUGAUCUGUCUGUUGUUGUCGACCUCUUGAAUAUCAUCAACCAAAAAGCGUCUUUCUGGAAGCUGGAUUUGUGUACUAUAAUCCUGCCACAGAUAGAAAAACUACUCCAAAGUAAAUAUGAAAGUUAUGUGCAGACUGGCUGCACCUCCCUGAAACUCAUCCUCCAGAGAUUCCUGCCACUCAUCACAGACAUCCUGGCUGCACCACCUUCAGUUGGAGUGGAUAUCACCAGAGAGGAAAGGCUUCACAAAUGCAGACUGUGCUACAAGCAGCUGAAAAACAUCAGCAACCUCGUCAAGAGCAAGUCCGGGCUGAGCGGGCGCCACGGUAGUGCCUUUCGGGAACUGCAUCUGCUGAUGGCUGCUCUGGAGUGACAGCCCCCUCCCGUGGCCGAGCUCGCCGCUGCUCCUGCCCGCCUGCCUUUCCCCUCUCCCCGGCUCUUCAUCUUGCUCCACGGCACGGUAGGGAACGGGGAGGCUCGCUGGCUGCUCGCUGCUGCCUUUGGAGCUCAGCGAGGGGACUCACAAAGCCCUGUAAGGGACCCACAAAGCCUCGGAGGGGACCCACACAAACCCUGUGGAGAAGCAGCAGCAUUUCAGCUCUUCAGCAGAGGCCCAGGCUCUGGGCUGCUGUGCCCUGUGUGUGCUGGCAGUCCCUGUGCUCUGCCCCUGCAGAGGGGACUGGCCCCUUGGGCUUCCCUCCUCAGCCACCAGCAUGUGCCAAGGGGCCUUGGUGGCAUCCCAAGGACCUGCAGUGAGGGGAAGCUUCUGUCCAGUCCCUGAGGGGCCACAGCAGGUGGGUAUCUUCAGCCUGAGCCUGCUGUGGGAGCUGCUGCAACCCCCUCACUGCCCCAGGACUGGUGUCUCUGCCUUUGAGGGGGGAGGGUGGAGGAGCAGAGGGGACCUGGGCUGAUGUUUCUCUUCCUGGACAACUAGUUGAGGGCUUUAUCUUUUCUUCCCCUCCCUAAUAAAUGUCUGUCAGAACUUCUCUGUCCCUUCUUUCUUCUUUCCUGUGGGGAAAGAGGUUCCUGGUGGUGCUUCCCCUGCUCCUCCCAGCCUGUCUCCCCCUUUCCCCUGGAGCCUGUUCCCCAGGGGCCUGUAACUUAUGCUGAAUUUUAUUAAAAGAUGUUUGUAA